UUUGUACAGGUUGCGCUUCCAGUUGCUGUUGGUAUUGGCAUUGAAUGGCAGCCUCAAUCUCACGCUCCACAGUGCCCGCGCCCGCGUCCGGCGUGCAGACACAGUCCACCCUGACUGCUUUGACGAUGCGUCCCGUCGCGAUUGCCGUCGUCGUGGUGGCUGCGCUGAUCAUGCUGGCGGGCGUCGCUACUGCUUCUAGCCAGGCCGACCCGGUCAGCCCGAGCGUCUUCUGCGUGCGGUUUGCGACCAACGUCAAUGGCUCGUCGGUCAUUGCAGUCAACGUUACGCGUGCCUACGCACCGCUCGGCGCAGACCGACUCUACGCCCUGGUCCAGGGCGACUUUUUCGACUCGAACGGCAAGGAGGCCGCCUUCUUCCGCGUCGUGCCGGGCUUUGUCGUCCAGUUUGGUAUCAGCGGCGAUCCUGCUGCAAAUGCCAAGUGGGACAACGCCAUUCCGGACGAUCCCGUCGUCGCGAGCAACAUUGCCGGAACAAUCUCGUUCGCCACCGCCGGUCCCAAUACGCGCACAACGCAGCUGUUUAUCAACUAUGUGGACAAUUCAUUCCUCGACCAGUCGGGAUUUGCGCCACUUGGCGUUGUCACGCGUGGAAUGGAUGUGGCCAAGAUGAUUUUCAACCCGACGCCGGGAGACUCGAACGGCGUCGACCAAGACCAGUACACCGAGAAUGGCCAGGCAUGGAUUGAGCAGAACUACCCGAACAUCAACUCCAUUACUGGCGCGAACGUCACGACGGGCUCGUGCUAAUGGAGGCAUGUUGCAAAUACCUGAUUGUGAGCUUGAGUGCCUGUAAAUACUAGGAUUGUUGAAAGUUUUGAAAGAAAAAAAAAACCUUCAAUCUCCUGUCAUGGCUGGAGUUGGACGACUCGG